AUGGGAAGGGAGAUCAUCAGCGUCUCGGUCGGACAGGCCGGCAACCAGAUCGGUACCGCGUUCUGGGAGAACAUCCUCCAGGAGCACGGCCUUGACCGCAACGGCAAGUACGUCGGUAACGACCAGCAGCAGCUCGACAAGGUCUCGGUCUACUUCAACGAGGCAUCGAACCAGAAGUAUGUACCGCGCUCGGUCCAGGUCGACCUUGAGCCCGGUGUCGUGGACCUCGUCCGCUCGGGCCCCCUCUCGACGCUCUUCCGGCCCGACACCUUUGUCCACGGCCAGAGCGGCGCCGGCAACAACUGGGCCAAGGGCUACUACACUGAGGGUGCCGAGCUUGUCGACCCCAUCCUCGACGUUCUUCGCCAGCAGGUCGAGAGCUCGGACUCGUUCCAGGGCUUCCAGCUCCUCCACUCGCUCGGUGGUGGUACCGGUUCGGGUCUCGGCACUCUUCUCCUCAGCAAGAUCCGCGAGGAGUACCCCGACCGCAUGCUCUGCACGUUCUCAGUCUUCCCCUCCCCCAAGGUCUCGGAGACCGUCGUCGAGCCCUACAACGCCAUUCUCUCCACUCACAUCCUCGUUGAGAACUCGGACAUCACCUGCUGCAUCGACAACGAGGCCCUCUACCAGAUCUGCGUCAACGACCUCAAGCAGAAGGCACCCGAGUACAAGGACCUGAACCAGCUCAUCGCCAAGGUCAUGACUGGCUUCACCUCGACUCUCCGCUUCCCCGGUGUCCUCAACUCUGACCUCCGCAAGCUCGCGGUCAACAUGGUCCCCUUCCCCCGUCUCCACUUCUUCGCUGCGGGCUACGCCCCGCUCGUCGCCACGUCGAACCGUGCUUACACGGCUUCGAACGUUCCCGAGCUCACCAACGCGCUCUUCCAGCGCCGCUCGCUCCUCGCCGCCAUCGACCCUUCCAUGGGCAAGUACCUCACCGUCUCGGUCGCGUAUCGCGGCAAGCUCUCGAUGCGCGACAUCGAGAACUCGGUCUACGAGUACCAGUCCAAGAACUCGGAGUACUUUGUUCCCUGGAUCCCCAACGGUGCCCUCACCACCCUCUGCACCGUCCCCCCUAUCGGCCAGGUUGCUUCCGCAACUCUGGUUGCCAACACUACUGCCAUCUCGGAGGUGUUCAAGCGCUCGCACGUCCAGUUCCGCCAGCUCUUCCGCAGGAAGGCGUACGUGCACUGGUACACCGGCGAGGGCAUGGACGAGAUGGAGUUCACCGAGGCCGAGUCCAACCUUUCCGAUCUUGUGGACGAGUACGACCAGUACGAGUCGGCGCAGCUCGACGACGAGUACGAGGACGAGGUCGAGGCGGUCGCCGAGGAGUACGCUGAGGACUUUGCCGAGUAA